AUUAGUGUGAAGACUUGGUAAAUUUGUACAAAUGGAACGCUCAACCACCGAAGGCGGCAGUGGUAAUGUCACGGAAGAUUUGGAAAACCGGAUGGAAUUUCGUCCGAGUCUUUCGGGUGCACUGGAACGCCCACUUCCUACAUUAAGUUGUCUAUUGAUGGAAUAUCGAGAAGCCAUUGAAGAAAAGGCUCGCUACCAAAUAGAAUUAGACCAUGAAAUCAAAAUAGCAGAUGAUAUGCAAUAUGAACUCAAUUAUUACCAAACCGUCUUGGAUCACAAAACGAAAAACAACCAGAUUCCUCAAUUAGGAGUUCAACAGCUCUGCAACAUCGAAUUAAUUCAUAAAGAGCUAAGGGCUUCCAUCAAAAUUCUACAAGAAAAAUUGCUGAGCCAGCAGGAAGAAAUUCAAGCGGCCAUCAAACAGGUUGAAAAGUCAGCAUGGGAAAUGUCUCGGAUAAGCGAACAGGAAUUUCUACAACAAAUGAACCAACUGGAGGUCACUUUUGAAGGCGAAAUGGAAAUUGUGCGCCAAGCAAUGAAGAGAAAAGAAGAUGAGUUAAGAACAGCAAAAGAAAAGCAGGAAUUGGAGCACUCAAAACGGAUGGAGGAAGUACGGAAAAGUAUGGCCAAUAGAAUGAAAUCUGACAGUCAUCACAUCGAGUGUCGUUCAAUCGAACUGGAUUUCAGGAAGCAACGUGCACGCUUGGAAAAGGAACUCAAGCAGUUGGAACAACAACAAAGAUCCAAACGCAAACUUCCGCUAUCCUUCGUUGCUAGUGACAAUGCAACGGAAAGGCCGGGCAAGUUCCCUAACAAUUCAAAAGGCAACAAUAGAAACAAUGGCACAUUGACUCCUCGCCCAGCUCAACCCGGUUCAGCUGGCAAAGAGCCAGCGGAAAACGCGCCUAAUAGCGGUGGCGCUCGCAAGCGCAAACUUUUUUCAGUCAAUUGCGGAUAUUUGGAUUUCUAGAUUACGAUUGUAAGCUUCUACCUCUACCAAUGCGCCAGGCAGAUAACACUAAAAGAAAAGAGAAUAGACGGCCUUGGAUCACGCAUUUGCCCAAUACACGGCUUACAAAGAACA